AUGGCUACAGGAGGUGAACUGAGUCCUAGUCAUAGGAGAACGAGAAGAAGCUCUCGCAUCGCCAAUAGCACCAGUGAUAACAAAGAUGAUAUAAAUAAAAUACGGCGUGAGAAUGCUAAACAUAAUGAAGGAGAGAAUGAUGUGGAAUAUGUUAACGCUGUUCUGUUUGAUGAUAUUAAGGAAUGGGCUAAUAAAGCAAUCUCUACACGUGAAGAUACAAGCGCUAUUGAUUUGGAACUUACGAAAUUGAUUGCCAUUAUGUUGAAUGCUCGUGGAAUUUCUUGUACCAUAGAAGUGUUGGACCUAUUAACUAAUUUAUGCAUUACAUAUUUUGAUGAUUUGAUUAGUUUGUUGCAUAAGCUAGCAGAGUACCUGAGAAGAAGAAAGCCGUCUUUCAAUGACAUAAAUCUUUGUUUCAGCAUAAAAAAAAUAAAACCUUUCAGAAUAGGUGAAGAAUACCUCAUAUCAAAACAAGUGUCUUCAGUUUACAAGAAGGAAGUAGGCAUAGUUACUCGACAGGUCAAUGAGUUAACUUCGACUUUGGCAGGACACUCAAUUUCAGAAAAUGAUGCCGCUCUACCAUUUUUCGUAAACGACCAUUAUGAAAUGUCUCAACUCGUACCGAGACGGACUGAGAGACCCAAAUAUAUUCCAUCCUAUUUGCCUGACCUUCCACCAGAUUACACUUAUCAAAAUACUUCAGACUACUUGGAUAUAAUGUCAGAGAAAGAAGCUAGGUUAAAAUUAGUUGAGCAGUCCCGGUUAACAGAGCAAUCAUUGUACAAAUUGAUAGAUGAUGAUUAUUCGCAAUGGAGAACGAAUUUCGAGUCUCAGUUGAACGACCUGGGGGCUGAUAGCGAUAAUGAAGAUAGCAUAAUGAGUGAUGUAGCGCAUGAUCAAAAGACUGAUGUCGAAACUCCUGCUCCGGAACUUGAAAGAAUUGAAGAGAAGAGUCUAGAUGGCAAUAAUCUGGUAUUGGCUCCUGGUUCUACUAGAUUCGAUUUUGUAGCGUAUGCAAAGAAGAGAGCUUUGAUAAAGCAAAGGAAAGAAGAGGAAAUUGAACUUAAGCGAGAAAGGAGAAGAUCUAAUAUUUUCAUGAAAGCAGAGAAGCUUUAUUCACCUUAUGCGAAAUCAUUUCCAACGCUUGAAGAUAAUGAAUACUUCAGAAACAUUGUGCAGCAAGAGUUCAAGUCUGUUAUCAAAUCUGUGAGGUCGGCAGAGAAGAUAAAGAAAAAGAGAAUAGACAAAAUCCUCAAGGAAAAAGCUGAGAAGGCACGCAAUGAAAAAGAGUCUGGAACUAAAGAGUUCACUUUCAACUUCAAUCAUAUUAGUGAUCCUCUGGGAAUUGAUAGUGAUGAAAGCGAUGAUAAUAAUGUUCCCGAUUUCGAUACUGUUGGAAGAGAUAAUGAUAGCGAGAAAUCGCACACUUCUCCCCGUGAAACGUUAGAAAAUCAUGAAGGUAGCCCUCCACAGAAUAUAGUGCAGCCGCUUCUGAUACAGCCGUUAGUUCCGCAUUCGCAGCCGGAACUUCUGUCCGAUGAAGAUAAUAUGGAAGACCUCUUGACUCAAGAACUAGCUAAAGCUGAAAGUGACUUGCCUAUUAAUGACAGUAAUCUGAUGUCUCUAGGAUUAUUCGAAGACGAACUGGAUGUCGAUGAUCUCGAAGAUGUUUAG